GUUGAUUUAAACAAAAUCCAAUUGUUAAAUCAAAAUACACUCGUAGAAUAUUAUAAAUAAAAAUGUUUGACGGCUAUGUGUUUGUUGAUGAAAUUCCAAAUAAAUUCGAUGAACCGGCUGUGUAUAUUUUCACUCGUCCAUUUAAUUUAUCAACUGUAAAACGGCGAAGCUCACUCAGCCUAUAUACAACCGCUCUAAUAAAAUCGGUUAUGAUUUGUGAUGCCGAUGUGCGAGAAAGUUUCGAAAUAAUAAGCGAUUGUGGCCUAUCAUACGGUAUAGAACUGCCAAAUAAAGAGAUUGUCACCGUUAAAGCCUUUUCAUACGGAAGCCAUACACUCAAUGUUAUCAUCCUCUUCGAAUAUUUUGAUCGGUAUACACUGUACGCUGGAAGAUAUAUUGGUAAUAAUAAAAUUCUUGAGCAUGUAUAUUUGCGUAAGUUAAUGGCCAAAAAAAAGAUUGACGAUCUUUAUAUUGAUGUGACUUCGGCCAACAUAACUGAGUUCCAGUUUUGUAGGAAGGCUUGUGACGAAAUUCAAUCAUUAAUCAGAUCAAAAAAUGAUCAUAAAUUCCAUAUGAUAAUAGAUGACUUCGGCUAUGAAGAUUUAAUAUUUUUACUGGCAAAAAAGGGAAUUAAAAUUUAUCCAGACACAAAACGCGUCGAAAUAUUCAAUCGACAACAGAUCUCAAAUGUAUUUUGUAUGGACUUUCAACAAGCAGAAGUGUAUCUGGUGGACCAACUACCGGACAAUGUUCAAAAACACUAUGACGAAACGAAUAUCACUUGGAUAAAAAUGACAACCGAUCCAAAAGCUUAUUCAUGUAGUGGUCUUGAAAUUAUUCGGUUUUCAAUUCAUCCAACGAUGCAAGACAUUCUAAAUAUUGUUAACUUAGCGGCACCAUUAAAAAUUUACACAAUUGGCAAAGCAGGUUCUCUACCAUUCACCUUGGAACACCUAUGCCGCUUUGACGAUAGUGGAGACAAAGAAAAUCAAAGCCAUUUGUUUUUACAAACCAUGCCAUGAACAUGUACUUUACUCGUACAGAGAAUUUCAUUCCGAACUUUUGGUUCAGAUUCCAAAAAUGAAAUUAUAUUGUUUUCGGUUCGGUAUGUCAUACAGACAAUUCUCACAACUACAUUUCCACUUUUAGCUGUUGAGUUUUCCUCUUCUUUCUUUGUUUCACUUUCAAAUUUUGCAGUGAACAAGGGUUGGCGUUUAGUAGCGAAAAAAAAAUUUCCUUUUUAAAUAUUUAUAGUGAAUUUUCGAUCUCAAUGGAAUUUUUUUACAAAAUCGAUAGUCUUUGCUAAUGAAAUGUUCUUUUCAAAAAAAAAAAUAAUUUCAACAUUGUAAUUAUAUGUUCUAUUGCAAAGAAAUGAAAAACCAAUCAACAAAACGGUAGAUUUUGUUUUCCUUUUUUUAAUUAUAUAUUCCGGCCAAGGAGCUCUGCUGUACGUGUUAAGAAGUAUCAUGUCGUAACAAUUGUGUCCGUAAGAAUUAUUUUACAUAGUACAACUCCAUACAAAAAAAAAUUAUGUAACGUUCUUCAGAUUCCGUUUUUGUAUUGUCAUAUUUAUUCUUACGGACACAAUUGAAGAAUGAAAAAAAUGAUCAAUUGCGGUUUUAUCGACAACAAUUUUUUUUUUGUUUAUUUGAUUGUUUAAAGAAAACACAAAGGACAAAACUUAAAUGCUCCUGAACCAUAUUUGUGGUUUUGUAAAAAAAAACCACGUGAAAACUGGGAUCAUGAAUUAAAUAUCGAAAAUUGUAAAUAAAAGGAAUUGAUUCAGUGAUAGAUGAAACACAGUUUGCUUUUGACAAGCAUAUUAUAUUAACAUAAA